UUAAUAUGAAGUUGGACAAUAGGAGCAUCUGAUACAUAACAUAUCACUAUGAUAACGAUUAUCUUCAUCAGAUAAGUUUUAUGUACUAUUGAAAAUAAUCAGCAGGAUGAAGUGGUCAGAGUAAAGCAUUAAAUAAAUCAACAUGAUGGAAAUUAAUUUAUGUGUGUUUUUAAUUAUCUGUGGAGGAUCCUUAGUACUGAUUAAAGCAGAUGAAGCAUUUCUUGGAUGUUAUAAUUUUACUUGGGUAGCACCAGUGUUAAGACAUAAAAAUUGUUCUACAGUCAAAAAUGCUCCUUGUAUUGAACCUUUUCUUCCUACAGAUGAACCACCAAGUCCAGAUGAUUAUGAAGAAUAUUGGAAUUCAAAAAAGUACUUAUGUUCUGCUGCAACUGGUGAUGUUUGUAUAAAGUAUACUUUUAGUUAUAAUAAUGACAUUGUUAAUACAUCACUGUUUUGCGGGAAAGCAAUAGAAGAUAAAAUAAUACCUAUUACAUCUGGAUGUUAUGAACAACAGGUUGACGGUUACAUACUAGAAAUGUGUGCUUGUGAAUCUAGAAGAGGAAAAAGACCUUGCAACAUAUCAAUAAAAGUACAAUACAGCAUUGUUUUAGUUAUUAUAAUGUUGUUAGUUAUAAUUUGGACUUGACUUAAUUGUUCAAAUUAUCGUAAGUGUAUUCAAUGUCGAAUGUUUUUAUCGUAAGUGUAUUCAAUGUCGAAUGUUUUUAUCAUAUGUGAAUAUACAUAUAUCAUAUUUAUUUCAUGUAUUGUAGCAACGUAUUAUGUACAAUGCUUAUGCUAUUAUAUUAUUUGUAAUAUAUU